GUUAGGUGCGAAAAUAGCGAGGAUACAAGCACAAGACACAUUCACUCUUUCAUUUUUAUAGGUCCACUCAAUCUCACUUGAAUCUUUCUCAUCCCAUAACAUAGGAUCUAACCAAAAAGCUCCAAAAACUACACUCACAAAAAGUAAAAAACCUCCCCCUGUUUCUCUAAUCAUACAAGCUAAGGCACAAUGUCAUCUUCCACCCCUAUAGACGCUUGCUCCACCUCCGAACUAGCCACCUACUUUGGCCCCAACACCUCGAAUCCUUUCGCUGCAGCCUCCUACAUUUGCUCUCGUUUCGCCUCUACGUCAUCUCACUUCACCUCCACCUCCUACGCCAUCGACACCACCUUCCUUCUUUUCUCGGCCUACCUUGUAUUCUCCAUGCAACUCGGUUUCGCAAUGCUUUGUGCAGGCUCCGUUCGUGCCAAAAACACUAUGAACAUUAUGCUCACCAACGUCCUCGACGCCGCUGCUGGCGCCCUCUUCUACUACCUCUUCGGUUUCGCUUUCGCCUUUGGCUCCCCAAGCAACCCUUUCAUCGGAUACCGCUUUUUUUCCCUCGAGUUCUUCCCCAAUACUGACGUUGAUUUCCCUUAUUUUUUGUACCAAUGGUCCUUUGCUAUUGCUGCUGCUGGCAUCACUAGUGGCUCCAUCGCUGAACGUACUCAUUUUGUUGCCUAUCUUAUUUACUCGUCCUUCUUGACGGGUUUUGUUUAUCCUGUUGUUUCACAUUGGUUUUGGUCCAGUGACGGCUGGGCGAGCGCUAGUAGUGACAAUCUAUUGUUUGGGUCAGGCGUCAUUGAUUUUGCUGGCUCAGGUGUUGUUCAUAUGGUUGGUGGGAUUGCUGGAUUUUGGGGCGCCUUCAUUGAAGGUCCAAGGGUGGGGAGAUUUGACCACGAGGGACGAUCUGUAGCCUUACAAGGUCAUAGUGCUUCAUUGGUCGUCUUAGGGACUUUUCUUCUUUGGUUUGGCUGGUAUGGUUUUAACCCGGGUUCAUUUACUAAGAUUCUUGUAACAUAUAACAACAACGGAUCAAAUUCUUACUAUGGUCAAUGGAGCGCAAUCGGGAGGACAGCAGUAACCACAACAUUAGCCGGGUGCAUGGCUGCUCUAACCACAUUAUUCGGAAAGAGGCUUCUUUCGGGUCAUUGGAACGUAAAGGAUGUUUGUAACGGUUUAUUAGGCGGGUUUGCGGCUAUAACAUCCGGAUGCUCUGUGGUGGAUCCAUGGGCAGCAAUUAUAUGCGGCUUCGUAGCAGCAGGGGUGCUAAUUGGGUCGAACAAAUUAGCAGAGCGAUAUAAGUAUGAUGACCCUUUAGAAGCAGCACAAUUGCACGGUGGGUGCGGGGCAUGGGGUGUCUUAUUUACGGCUCUUUUUGCAAAGAAGCAGUAUGUUAAUGAAGUGUACCCAAGUGAACAUGGUCGACCAUUUGGGUUACUCAUGGGUGGGGGAGGUAGGCUUCUGGCUGCCCAUGUUGUGCAAAUUUUAGCUAUAAUUGGAUGGGUUAGUUUUACAAUGGGGCCAUUAUUUUUCUUCCUUCAUAAGCUCAAGCUAUUAAGGAUAUCACCCGAUGAUGAGAUAGAGGGUAUGGAUUUGACCCGGCAUGGUGGGUUUGCUUAUGCUUAUCAUGAUGAAGGAGAUUCCAACCAACGACUUGGAAUCCAAGCGAUAACGAGGGCAAGAUAGAUUAAAAUGGGUAUGAUACUAUGAUGCAUCAACAUUCUAGAAUUACUUGUAUUAACGAUAUGUUUG